AUUUUAACGAUAAAUUAACACAAUUACAGUAUCGAGUAGGCAUUUCACUGCACUAUCCUCAGUGGACAUCCAUCAAGCUUGACUGGGCGGUUACAUUUAUAAUUCAUAAUCUCUCAGUGUAGGCGAUUGCUGCUGUACGUAUAUGGAGUUGUCUUUCAUAAAUUACUCUGUGAGAACCAAAUAAGCGACGAAGAAAAAGAAAGACGGGGAAAACACAGAACUUCUUCUUUUCCGGAGAAAAUAAUACUAGUUUUAAAAAAGGAUAAAAAAAAUUAUUUAGAAGAAAAAUUCUGUUUUGGAUACAUCUGACUGUUAAAACAAGCUUUUAAGUUUCUGCGGAUAAACAUUUCUAACUAAUUUACAGACUUUGCAUCAAAAGAUGCGAUUGUUAGGGCGGCAGGAAAUAAUAGUGUAUUUAUUGGGACUUUUGUGUGCAUGUGUAUAUGGAAUGAAAGUAGACUUUUCCAGAUUAAGACAAAUUCGACGUCCAUACAUAGAAAAGCGAAAUAAUCACUGUUCAGGUAACCCUUGCGAAGAAGAUAAACCAUUUCUUUGUCGAUCGUCACCAACAUGUAUAGCUUUAGAACAAGUGUGUGAUUCUAUUCCGCAAUGUCCUGAUGGGUUCGAUGAAAGUCCAGCUUUAUGUAAUGCUAAAAAAAGACCUUCAAUAGGAGAUCUGGAGGAUUUUCUAAUCAAAAACGAGCAUUGGAUAAUCCCUGCAUUAUUUAAUGGAGCCUCACCAGAAUUAGUAGCUCAUAGCCUAGUUGUGUCGUCAGAUUUGGAAGAGGUGAAACUUAUGGUUGGAAUGGACCCACAAUCAGAAGAAAAUCUUCAUGAAGCUUUUAUGGCGGUACUGACUGGAGACGAAAGGCCAUUGUUGAAAAUGGGAAUGCCUCAGGAAGAAUGGUUCGAUGUACAAUUCAUGCUGAACAGGCUGAUUGAAGGUGGUCUACAAGUGUGACGUAAUGAUGACGUCACAUUAAAUGCCAUAUAUUAUUCAAAAUGAUCUUCAGAAAAACAUAUUUUGUAACAAUAAAGUUUAAAAUGCAUCUAAAAUAUAUUUAUUUUGUUAAAAAACAAAAUAGUGUGAUAUUGGAUAAGAAAAAAUGAUAAAGGUUAAGGAAAUAAUCUUCACAUUCCGAGUGAAUUUAAUGAGUUAGUUUAAGCUGAAUUGUUGAAAUGUAAAAGUGUUAAUGAUAUCAACCAAACGGUCGAUUACACUCACGUUAAAAUUACUUUUUUCUAUAAAGUUGUUGUAAGAAUUAUUCUGUUGAAGUUCCUUUACUUCAUUCUCUUUACUAAAAUGAACUGAUUCUGUUAGUAUUUUUGAUACAAAUCAAGACAUUGGAAUUUUAAAGUGUUUGAUUUACAGAACAGACGAUCAAAUUGUUAGUGCUAAUUUUACAAUCUUUUUCAUUGUCAGCGAAAAUCAUUCUUGCUGAUUUUUGGCACACCAUUGUUAAAACAUUAUGACAUAUGCUUUGACAAUCUCAAAUAGGAUAAGUAAUACAAUUUAAAACCUUUUGUAGUUGUGGUAAUUUUUAUGGUUUUAUAUAUUCUAAAGAGUAACUGCCUUUGAAGUGAAAUGGAUAAAGACCAUAUAGGUAUAAAAAAUAAGUAUCUUAAUAGUUGGAUAUCAGAGUAGAUGAUUAAUGAAGUUUGUAAUUCAUUACAUAAAGUGCCGUUUUCUUCCACAAUUUGUUUGUGCGGUUUACAGAUAACUUUUAUUAUUGGUGACGUUUACACGAGUGCUAUGGACAGAUUGCCGUCAAAUAUCAAUUUGGACAUCCUCUAGAGUUUUCAACAAGAAAUGGAAUUGAAUAAGUGUAUCGAAUUCCAGUUGAAAUAUUCCAGGGGGACAUAAUUCUAAGCUGUUAAGAAUGCAAAUCAAGAUUAUGUAUUUAAACGCGUAGGUUCGUAAUUAAUUUAUGGCAACGAAAAUAUUACGUUUGCCAUCCAAUAAAAUUUGCUAUCAUACAUAAAUUUUGAGAGAAACAUUUCAAAAAGUUUUCCUUUCGAUUGAUUUUAAUGAUGAUUUAUCUAAUAUUUUAGAAGUUCUGCGGAUUUUUCACCCUUAUUGUUUUAGUUUUGUUCACGAUCACAUGUUAACUUAUCGUAAACUAGUAAUUGCUCAUUCGUAUACUAUCUACAUCAUUAGAACAACUCUUGCAAGUAGAUGUCAUUUUCAUCAACUAAAAUAAACAUGUGAAUACCUACAACAACAAGUGAAAACUUCUUUGCUCACUGUUUAUGGAAGAUUUUAAUUUCUGAUGUCUACAUCAAAUUUGGAAAUUGAUAAACGAUGCAAUUUUUAGUUACUUCAAAUCGAAUACUGAUAGUUCAACGAAUUAACUGUUUGAGAUCAGAGCGAUUAUCACAAAUAAUUACUUGAUUCGUUCGAACGAAAGACUAUAUGCUGUUAAAAUCAAGCGCGAAAGCUUAAUAGUAAAAAUGAAUGUGCAAUCGCUAUCAAUAUCAGUUUUUUCUCUUCAUUACCAUGACUAAAGGGUUACUACAUUUUCAAUCUAUCAUAAAGCGAUCUUUGUCUUUCUUUUUCUUUUUGUCUCAAUUAUAGGAUCAGUUUGGCAUCAGAACAAUAAUUGUAAAGAAACAGAUUAUUCAACUUAUUUGAUUUAAAUAUUUUGUAGAAAAUUAUGACACAAAAAAAAAUUCUUUAUACGGAAUUGGAUUGUGUUACCUUGAAAUUCUAUCUCUGUGACUCAAUAUAUUAACCGAAAAGAUUUGUAUCACUUAUAUAUAGAAAAGGUAUUAUGAACUACUCUACUUUUGAUCAUCCACAUCAUGCAUUAGCAAUUAAAUGUUACAGAAAGACUAUUUCUUAGUUGCUGAUUAUAUCAUUUAGAUACGUAACAAAGUGAAGGUUACAUAAAAUUUUUAUUUACCAAUAUUGGAUACAAUAAGAAAUGAAGCUUGUACUUGCUGUUUGCUAGAUAACUCUGUAUCUUUUGUUCGAAUACUAAUAAAGUUUAUUUUGUUUUCAUGAA